CAGGCCGUUGCUAGGCCAGUUGCUAAGGGAAGCCUAGCUCCAACAGAUAUCGAGUUUCCGCCUUUUUGCUGUCAAAGUUGUCUCAUGUCGUUCUUCGAAGUCGCUUUGGCAAACAUGCCUGCCGCUACGGAAUCCACACCUGGCACUAAAAUCAUUCAGCCACGGAGACACAAGGGACGGGUGGUCGUCUGGGAGGACCUGUCUGUCAAUCACAUGGAUGCCAUCGACCAGGCGACCUCCGCCGAUGACCUGAGGAGUAUCCUUGGGCAGAUCUUUGGUAUGUCUGACCACCGGGAUAACCUGAAGAAUGGAGUGUUAAUGGACCUGUUUGUGUACACGAUUCUGUACGCACGGCGGCAGAACUUCAACAAGGAACAAACUUCUGCAUUCUUUUCCAUUGUCAAGAGAACUCACGGAGUCUGCGUAGAAACGCCGUUUGGAAAUGUUCAGGAGUGUUACAACUACUUCACAGAACUCCUGCUCUGUCACGGCACCAAGAGACCGCCCUUCAGUGUGGACCUGUUUGACGCAGACCAAGUCAGGAACAUCACAGAUUACGUCGUCAACACCUACUUCAGACACUUCAAACUCUACAAAUACGUCUUCACACCAAAGGUCCAGCUGGAUCUAACCAUGAAGUAUGUCGGGAUCCCAGAAACUCCUCAGCCCAUGGAAGAGGAGGAACAGAAGGAGGAGGAGCAGCCUGGUCCUGAUGCUGAGGCUGCAGAGCAACAAGAGGAGCCACAGGAAGUAGAAGUUCCUCCAACAGAGACAGAAAACCCCCCAGAGGAGACACCAGAAGUUGAGUCUCCGCGUAAGAAAGAGCUGCGAACCCUGAUCCAGUCCCAGCUGGCCAGUCAGGUGAAGGAGCUGCGCAUGUCUGUGGAUGAACAGCUGAAGAUCAACGAUCAGGUCCUCAUGCAGAAACUGGCGGCACUAGGGGAGGGAGACUCCAGUAAGGGCGGCAGAACUUCCAGCAGGGGUGGGAAGAGGAAGUAG